AUGUCGUACGCAGCAGUCGCAGCCAGCGGGCCAGAGCAAUCACCCGAGGAGAAGCGCGCUCCUGUUAUUCCAGAGCUUGAACAUACCGAUUCCCCCUCCACCAGCUCCCUAAUCGACGUCGACACCGAAUCAGUGCACACCGUCCCCUCCGACUUUCCCUCGCAACCCAUUAAAACCGAGACGCAACGCGAUAGACUCGAGCACGAGGCCGAGAUUAUCGAAGAGCGUGCGAAGAAGGCUUACGCCGAGUCCAAAGCAAAAGCUGAGAAGGCGGAGAAGGAGGCCAAGGCUAAGGCAAAGAAGGCUAAGAGCAAUUUGGAAGCCAACAAGGACAACCCAGUGUACAUCGGCAAUGCCGUCGCUGUUGUUGCACUGAGUGCUGGCUUGGGUUUCGGUGCGUACAGAAAGUAUGCCGCUGGUGAUCUUACCUGGAAGGUUGUUGGUGCUUGGACUGGUAUUGUUGGAUUGUUCGCUGCUGGAGAUUACUACUUGAGCCAAUAUCUCUUCAAGAACAAGUACCCCCCGAAGAAGUAA